ACAUUAACCCAAUUCGAAUCUCUCAAUUUUUUGCCCUUUUCUCUGGAUUUCGAAUUUCUAUUGAUUCCUUUUAUUCCCUUUUCAUAUAAACCCUAAUUUUGUUUCAAGUUUCUCAAUUUGUGUGAAUCCUCAGAAAUUCAGAAAACCCAAAGUUCGUUUUUUUCCGAUUGGGUUUUUGAUUGAUUCGAUUUCCGGUGAUUCUCCGAUGAGGAUUUACGUGAUUUUCCUUGUGGUGAUCUCCUUAUUUGCCUCCGCGUUUUCCGAUUCGAUUCUCGAGUACCCGUCGGAAAUCGAGACCUUGCACAAGAAAGCUGCCGAUGAAGAUGUCAAUUUGCAUUGUACGACCUGGAGAUUCGCGGCGGAGAUGAACAAUCUCGCGCCGUGGAAAACAAUUCCGGUGGAGUGUGCCGAUUACGUGAAGGACUAUGUGAUGGGUAAAGGCUACCUCACCGAUUUGGAGAGAGUUUCUGAAGAAGCUUUGAUCUUUGCGAGCAGCGUCGAAUUCUCCGGCGAUGGCAAAGAUAUUUGGAUUUUCGAUAUCGAUGAGACUCUCUUAUCCAAUCUUCCAUAUUACAUUGACCAUGGUUUUGGGUUGGAGCUUUUUGAUCAUUCGGAGUUUGAUAAGUGGGUCGAGAAAGGAGUGGCACCAGCUAUAGCACCAAGCUUGAAGCUUUACCAGAGAGUGAUAGAUUUAGGAUACAAAGUUUUCUUGCUUACAGGGAGGAAAGAGAGCCACAGGCUUGUCACUGUUGAAAACCUGAUCAAUGCUGGUUUCCAGAACUGGGACAAGCUUAUUCUCAGAUCUCCAGAGGAACAGCACAAAAUGGCGACACUAUACAAAUCUGAGAAGAGAGAUGAGAUGGUGAAAGAUGGAUACAGGAUUAGAGGCAAUUCAGGUGAUCAAUGGAGUGAUUUGUUGGGUACCUCCAUGUCUCAACGAUCUUUCAAACUCGCAAAUCCAAUGUAUUAUAUCCCCUGAAGAGCUUUAUUUGACGACGUAUAAAAGGUUUGGAAAAUCGUAUAUACUUACUAGAGCAAUCAAAGUGUUUUUAAAGUUGGAUUGCCUUUGCUUGUAACUUGUCAAGCUAUUAAAUGUACUAAUAACAGAGAAUACUCUGUUUUAUACAGAGUAGAUAGUAUAGUACUCGUUUUAACUUUUUUUUACAAUAUAUUCAUGAUCAUCUU